ACACUGCAACUCAAUGACGAACUCCCGUGGCUGAUCUUCUCAACACCAGGUCUCAGCUUUGCGCUUUCCAAUGCCGCAGACUUCAAAGACAUUCACCCAUGGACAAAAUACCCCGGCUCAUCAACCCACAUCGCAGAACACUGUCACAAAGCUCCCUCAUGGGUCGCCUUCAAAGAUGAGAACCCCGAUCUCGAUGAGAACGCGUGGGGCUAUCAAAUUGAGCCUGGAAUGAAGACCUAUGCAUGGACAAAGCUCCUCCUCGAUGAUCAAGCACUCGCGACAGAGUAUGAUGAUCCUGAUCUUAACAAGGCCGCCGGAAACGGACUUAUGAGAUUACCAUCUGGCAGAACUGCCAAAGACGUCGUCACUGAGUAUCUCAAGGGUAUGCAUUCUAUGUAUAGGAAGGCUGUCAUUGAGAAGAUCGGGGAGGAUAAACUUGAGGAUCUACCUGUUGAUUUCUGGCUAACUGUUCCGGCGACUUGGUCGGAGCGAGCGAAACUGAUUACGAGGGCUGCGGCGUUGGAUGCUGGCUUUGCAUCGAGGCCUAUUGAUCGCUUGAGUCUAAUUACGGAACCAGACGCUGCUGCGCACAUGGCUUUGAAGUCCAGUAUUCAUCACGUUGAAGAUCUCAUUGAUGUCGGCACAGGCGUGAUGGUUUGUGAUCUUGGUGGUGGUACUGUCUCUUCAUCUGCAGAUGGAACAGUCAUACUCACACUCUCAGGUGGUAAAUGCGGCGGGACAUUCGUCGACCGUAAUCUCUACAAACUCCUCUCCGAACGCUUCGGAACUGCAUUCACCGACCUCGGUCCACAGCAUGUUGGGCCCGGCAGUCAAUUCAUGGACCAAUUCGAGAUGCACAAACGAGACUUCAGCCUCGACACACCGAGCAGGAAGUCUUACAAAAUAACCCUACCAAUGCGAAGACUGGUGGUCACUCCAGAGAUUGAGAAGUACUACGAUCCUGACUUCAACUGGGUGCUUUUGAGCAAAGAUGAUAUGAAGAGUCUUUUUGAUCCAGUAAUCGACGUCAUUCUCAAGCUUGUAAAAGAUCAGGUUGAUCAAGUCAAGAGAGACAAUGAGCCCCGAAUCAAGACCAUGUGUCUGGUUGGUGGGUUUGGUUCCUCGCCUUAUGUCAAGGAGAGGUUACUUGAAUGGUGCUCCGAACAAGAGAUACGGCUGACGACACCGUGGACAGGAGCUUGGGCAGCUGUUGUUUGCGGCGCUGUCUUGCGGGGUGUCGAAGGGUCUAUGUCCAAACAGAAAAAAUGUCGUCGGCAUUAUGGACAUACCAUGUCUCGAACAUAUGAUCCAGCUGUGCAUUUCAACUUUGAUGAGAAUAAGCGAAGAUUGUGGAAUGAUCCCUGGACAAAGGAGCAGAAUCUCUCUGGGUUCAUGAAUUGGGAGAUCGCAAAGGGCGCCCUUCUCGACGAUGAUACCGAGAUUAGCACGAGUUUCUACUCACACUUCUCGGAAUACUUUGACGGAAAGCAUACGCAUGACCUUUUCUCUUGUAGCUUGGAUGAGGCACCUGAGACUAUUGAGAAUGAACGAAUCGAGAAAGUUGGGGAAGUCUUGUAUACCAUUGAUGGUAUCGACAAGACCAAGAUCAAGAGCAUACAAGAUGCAAAUGGUAUCCACUGGUAUCAACUACUCCUCACAUUGACGAUUCGUCUAAGUGACGAUGAGUUAUAUGGACUUGGUGACAUGCUGCCGGGCCUCAAAGGCUAUACGUACAAGACCAUCCCGUACAAGUCUAGGCCCAGCGGCGACAUCGUUCUUGAUGUGGUGUACCCAGAGGAAGCCGACGGUUCGCCGACGACUGUUCUCAUACAUAUCCAUGGCGGAUUUCUCAUCGUCGGUGACAGAUACAGUUUUGCCCCAUACUGGCUGCUCAACGCUGCAACUGCUCGGAGAUGGAUCUUCGUGAGCCCUGACUAUCGCCUUGUCCCAGAAUCUACUGCACAUGCAUCACUGGAUGACUCCAUCGAUGCGUACAACUGGGUGCGCUCGUCGCUGGCUGACGCAAUUGGACGUCCUAUUGGGUCCGUCUUGCUGUCUGGGUCCAGCGCCGGCGGAUAUCUCGCACUCACGACUGCUAAUGCGGUUGAACAUAAGCCAGAUGCGCUGUUGCUCAUCUAUGGAAUGCUUGACGCAGCUGGUCCGAGAUAUACGACUCCUGGGACCAAUAUUUGGGGCGCACCGCCUUUUGACACCGCCUCGGUCUUGAGCCAGUUUCCCAGGACAAAGCAGAACGAUGAUCGAAAAGCCAUAUCUGGAUAUCCCCCGCCAGAGAACUUCCAGCAAGACCCACGGUUCCAAGUUACUUCAGCUCUCCACAUCGACGCCCUCUUCCCAGACUACAUGACUGGUGUUGACGGUUUGAGUCGUGAGAUCGCAAACAAGGGCAUCGAUGCCAUCCCCGAAGAACACCGACGGUUGUUCCCUCUCUCUUUUGGCGAUCUUUCCAAGAUUCCCCGCACGUUCUUGCUCCAUGGCGUCAACGACACUGCUGUUACCAUUGACUGCGGUAUCGUAGCUGAGAAGAAGCUUCGUGAGGCAGGUGUUGAGGUUAUAAAGGACUUCCCGGAGAAUGCAGAACAUGGAUUCGAUGUUAGAACUGGAAAUUUGGAUGUUGAAAAGGCGGAUGCGGAUGGAAUUCCUAAUGUUGAGAGUCUGAGAAACGCCAUUCGCUUUCUUGACUCCUCUGUUAAGAACUAG